GCUAGCUCUAGCAUCCAUAUUUUACAUCAAUCUUCAAAUAGAAGAGAAGGUUAUGUGAUAUGAGUGUUGCAACUAACUAUUGUAAAUAGUGAUUAUAAUUAUCUAAGACAUUUUUGUGCUAUCAUGUAAAGUGAUAAAUUGGUCUUGCAGUGGAUUGAUUGUAGAAAAUAAGUGUACAUGUCUGUGCGUUUUAGCAUGUCAUGUCCUUGAAUUUAGUUUUAAGACUGUUUACAAACAACAACAAGCACUAGCCUAAACAAGACUUUCUAAUUUUCGUGAAUUUAAAAAUCCGCUAUCAAAUAUGAACGUUUUCCACACUCGUAAAUUAUAAAUUGGUAAUUUGGUAAAAUGCUAUCAGCUAUCAUAAAUAAAACAAAGUCCUUAGUGGGAAUUGUUGAGAAUAAUUCUGACAGUCCAACUAAAAUAUCUAUCUCAUCUCUUGCGACUCACGAAAACUUAUUUUUAAACAGGAGAGAUUCUUUGGACAUGGCUAACAACAAUGAUGGAGAAAAUGAACAAUUGCAAGACAGUAUAUUCGAUUGCAUAAGGACAAUAAAAGACCCUGAAAAGCCUGCUACCCUAGAAGAUUUAGAUGUUGUCUACGAAAGUGGGGUGAAGGUGACAAGAAAUAACGGAACUAAGGCGUACACGGUGGUUAUAGAGUUUAACCCCACCGUGCCACAUUGCAGUCUGGCGACGCUCAUCGGACUGUGUAUGCGGAUCAAAGUGGAACGCUGCCUCCUCGAACAGAUCAAACUGGACAUCCGGAUCAAGAAAGGGGCUCAUGAUACUGAGGACGAGAUCAACAAGCAAAUCAAUGACAAGGAAAGAGUUGCUGCGGCAAUGGAAAAUCCAAACCUCAAGGAUAUGGUGGAAAACUGCAUAAAAGAGGAGGACUGAGGUUUUAAUUGCAAGCCUCGAGAUUGGUUGGUAUAAAGAUGUAAAUAAUUUGUAGAAAUGUAAAUUUUUCAUAUUAAAUAAUAUAUUUAUAGUAUCUUAUGACAUAGGCCUAUGUAUAAUUGGAUCAAAUAAAGGUUUUUAUAUGGCUAUGUUA